AUGAAGCGGUUAAUGGAAGUGGUGGAUGGCGAAUACCAAACCUACAAAUCUAAGGAUGGGGCGUAUAUCCGGCAACACUUGUUUAAUACGCCAGAGUUAGCAGAGUUGGUGGCCGAUUAUAGUGAUGAAGAUUUAUGGAAUCUCAAUCGGGGAGGGCAUGACCCGUACAAGGUUUUUGCAGCUUACCACGAAGCCGUACAUCACAAGGGGCAGCCGACGGUGAUUUUGGCCAAAACGGUUAAGGGUUAUGACCCAACCUUUGCCUAUGAGUUAGCCGUCAUUGUGCAGCACGGUCUAGAACGGAUGGUUACCAAGCAAGAAGAUGUGUUCUAUUAUGUGACGGUGAUGAAUGAAAACUACGCCCACCCUGCGAUGCUAGAAGGUGAAUUUGCUGGGCUCGGGGACAAUUUUGCUUGA